UCACUCACUGGCCACCUGAAACAGAAACAGAAACAGAAAGAUUCUCUCUCAAGUCCGGCCGGCGGCUAAACCCAAACCCCGCGGAGCCCGAUGUCGCCGGCGGCGACGCGCAUCCUGCUCGCGGGCGCCCGGCUCCGCGGCCGCGGCCUCUCCACGUCGGCCGAGCCCUCCCCCUCCCCCUCGCUGUCCCCCUCGCAGCUCCCGAGGGGCAAGCGCUGGGACGCGGUGGUGAUCGGCGGCGGCCACAACGGGCUCGCGGCCGCCGCCUACCUCGCGCGCGCCGGCCGCUCCGUCGCCGUGCUGGAGCGGCGGGGCGUCCUCGGCGGCGCCGCCGUGUCCGAGUCGGACCUCGUCCAGGGCUUCCGCUUCUCCCGCUGCAGCUACCUCCUCAGCCUCCUCCGCCCCGCCCUCAUCCGGGAGUUGGAGCUGGAGAGGCACGGCCUGAAGCUCCUGCCGCGGAGCCCGUCGUCGUUCACGCCGUGCCUCGACGGCCGGUACCUGCUCCUCGGCCCGGACGCAGAGCUGAACCGCUCUGAGAUUGGCAAGUUCUCCAAAAAAGAUGCAGAGGCAUACCCGAGGUACGAGGAGCAGCUAGAGAAGUUCUGCAAGCUCAUGGACUUCGUCAUAGACUCGCCUCCGCCGGAGCUGAGGCAGCUGUACCAUGCUUCCAUGGUCGACAGGAUGAAGGAUAAGGUCGACAAGUCAGUGUUCUGGAGCAAGCUUCUUGGCAUCGUGAUGCAACAGGGGCAAAAGGACAUGGUGAACUUCUUCGACCUUCUUCUGUCGCCAGCGUCGAAGGUCUUGAAUAACUGGUUUGAGGGUGAUGUAUUGAAGGCGACCCUGGCGACUGAUGCUGUGAUUGGUACUAUGGCUGGUGUGAACACUCCAGGAUCAGGAUAUGUUCUCCUGCACCACAUCAUGGGAGAAACUGGUGGUCAACGUGGUGUUUGGGCGUAUGUCGAAGGUGGUAUGGGCUCAGUCUCAUCAGCUAUAAGCAAAGCAGCUCUGGAAGCAGGCGUGCAAAUUGUAACAAAUGCUGAGGUUUCACAAGUAAUGGUCGAUGAAACUACUGGAAAGGUGCAAGGGGUUGCUUUGGCUGAUGGAACCGAGUUGCACUCAUCAGUUGUGUUAUCAAAUGCCACACCGUAUAAAACAUUUGUGGACCUUGUGCCUGCCAAUACUCUUCCAGAGGAGUUCCUCUGUGCCAUCAAGACAGCGGAUUAUAGCUCUGCAACAACGAAGAUCAACGUUGCUGUUGAUGCGCUGCCACAGUUUCGCUGUUGCAAAAACAUCAACCGUAAAGGUGGCCCGGAGCACAUGGGCACCAUACACAUUGGAUCUGAAAGCAUGGAGGAAAUCGAUAUAGCAUACAAGGAAGCUGCAGGCGGCUUCUCAUCCACAAGGCCUGUAAUAGAAAUGACAAUUCCUUCAGUCUUAGAUAAGACCAUCUCUCCACCAGGUCAGCAUGUUAUUAAUCUUUUUGUUCAGUACACGCCCUACAAACUGUCAGAAGGCAGUUGGCAGGAUCCGGCUGUUAGAAAAUCAUUUGCUGAGAGAUGCUUUUCCUUGAUCGAUGAGUAUGCACCGCACUUUAGCUCAUCAGUGAUAGGCUAUGACAUGCUGACUCCACCUGAUCUUGAAAGGGAGUUUGGCCUAACAGGUGGCAACAUCUUUCACGGAGCGAUGGGCUUGGAUUCCCUCUUCCUGAUGAGGCCUGCCAAGGGAUGGUCAGAUUACAGAACCCCUGUGAAGGGGCUGUACCUCUGCGGCAGCGGUGCGCACCCAGGCGGCGGGGUGAUGGGUGCCCCGGGCCGCAAUGCUGCUGCUGUGGUUUUGGAUGAUCUCAAGGCAAGAUAGAUGCAAUUCAUGGAAGAUGGAAAUGGCAGCUGACAAUAGGGUAGCAUUUUCAAGCGCAAGGCUGCAAAACCGGCACGUGUGUAGUCUAGUAUCAAAAUGCGAACCUUGUCAUUAGGCCAUCUGGUAGAGAUAAUUUUGUCAUGCGUACUUGCAUGAUUGAAAGGAUGAGACACGAGAAGCAUUUUCUGAAUGAAUUGCUGGCAGCUAUUCUCAUUUUGGCUCCUCUUAUCGGAGGGCUAAAAGGGAUUAAUUCUCAGUUAUGCACUUCCAUCUA